AUGUGGGGAAGUUUACGCCUCUUGUCGCGGAUCCGCGUCCGCAACGGUUUGCCAGAAGCGUCUACUGGCAGACCGCUGAUCAACCUGAGGUGUCGUUCGAUGCACAGCAGCCAGCGAGACAACCCUGCAACGCAGACAGACGUCGCUGGGACCCAGCGCGCACUCAGUUCCGUUGCUGCUGCGGUAGCGGCGACGGCUGGGUCCGCCAAUGCCAACAUUCCGCUGCCUGACUUGCCGUACGAUUAUGACGCUUUGGAGCCGGUCAUCAGUGCAGAGAUCAUGCGUUUGCAUCACACCAAACACCACCAGGGCUACGUGAAAAACCUGAACAACGCACUGAACACGCUACACAGUACAGACCACGUUCCAACGCUCAUUUCGCUGCAGCCUUCACUGGUAUUCAACGGAGGGGGCCACCUCAAUCACUCGAUCCUUUGGACGAAUCUGGCUCCAGUCGGGAAGGGAGGCGGCGAGCUCCCGGAUAAAGAUUCACCCCUAUUGAAAGCCAUAGAGAGCGAUUUUGGUAGCCUGAACAAUUUCAUGAGCUUGAUGAACACUGCCGCAGCUGGGAUUCAAGGUAGCGGUUGGGCCUGGCUCGCCCUGAAUCGGAACCUGCGGCGACUGGACAUCAUCACUCGGUCGAAUCAGGAUCCCGUCGUAGGGGCCUACACACCGCUCCUCGGUAUUGAUGUUUGGGAGCACGCCUAUUAUCUCCAGUACAAGAGCGAUCGCGCAGCAUAUCUGAAGAACAUCUGGCAGGUCAUCCAUUGGAAAGAUGUCAUGAAGCGUUACGAAGCUGCGAUCGCAUGA